AAUACUUAAAACAUAAAAUGGCCGCACAAUUGAAUUUACUUGGAAAAAACAUUUUAGUGACGGGUGCAGGAAGAGGUAUUGGUCGUGCUAUUUCUAUCACUCUAUCUAAACAGGGAAGCAAUGUUUACGCGUUAAGCCGAACGCCAUCUUCGUUAGAAUCGCUUGUUAAAGAACAUAAAUCAAUCGUGCCAAUCGUUGGAGAUGUAAAUGAUUGGGAGGAUACUAAAAGAAAAAUUGAAGAUUUGAAAGUGAUGGAUGGCUUAGUCAAUAAUGCUGGAAUAAUGAAUGACUUUGCACCAGUUCAUUCGCUAACCAGACAACAGUUGUGUGCAGUUUUGGAAACCAAUCUGCUCGGUGCUAUUAACUGCACAAAUGUGGUCACUGAGAAAAUGAUCAAAGAAGGAAAAUCAGGAUCCAUAGUGAACGUUUCGAGUAAUUCUACUUUGAGCACCGUUUAUGGUGGAAUAAUGCCUUACGUCAUAUCAAAAGCAGGGCUUGAUGCAGCAACGCGACAGUUUGCUUACGAACUGGGACCACAUGGCAUCAGAGUUAACUCUGUAAAUCCUGGUCUUGUUUGGGGAACAGACAUGACAAAUGCGAAUUUGAAAAGCAAUCCGGAGCUUCGUGAAAAAAUUGAAUAUAGAACGCCAAUGAAAAAGCUUGUAGAGCUUGAUGACGUCACAGGUACCGUGAUUUACUUCCUUAGUGAUCUUUCUUCGAUGGUGACGGCAACUGCUAACAUCAUAGAUGGUGGAGCCUUGAAUUGCAUAAUUUACUAGUGCUAUUUACAUGCCUUUGGAGUGAAAAAAAAAUACAAAAUGUAUUCAUAAGGACUUCAUUUCGUUACAUUUUAAGUUAUAAAGAUUUUAGGUCAGGUUAUAUGGCUCUAUAUAAACGGUCGUUCGUAAAUAUAGCAGAGGAUUAUAUUCCAUACAAUAAUUUGUAUUCGUUCAUAUAACCUGACAGGAAUAUGUUAACGAAUUUAUAAUACAGCGAUAAAAAGCAACAUUUUUUUCAUAAAUUGACGGAAAAAUGUAUAUAAAACUAUAUAAACGUGAAGACUAUCCAAUAAUAAGUGACGUCACAAACGUGCAAUAUUACGAAACAAAGCAUAUACGGGUUGAUUUACUUUUUAUUUACCUACAUUUAAAUUGAAUAAAAUAGUAUUAUUCAAGUCAUGAAAAGAUUGUAUUUUUUACAUGAAACAAAAAAGAAUGGAAUUCAAUGGACCUAUUCGUUUGAAUGUGAAACAUUAGUUUUCAUUUAUUAUCAGGAUUAUGAUGGAUAUGAUAACUGUUAGAAUCCAAUGAAAAACUACUUUAUGUAUACCAAGUGAAAACAGACAUGGAGACGCAAUCAAGUUUUGAUCGGAGUAAGUGGUUAACUUUGAACAAAAAAGAUCCUUUUAUACAGGAAGUUUGAAUAUAAAGCCUUAACUACGAAAUAUUCAUUUAUCAAGACAGAAAAAUAUAUAGUGUUGUGUUAUUCAGUCGCAUAAGCAUAACUCUAUGUAAAUGAUAUUACUUUUGAAAAAGAGAUUCAAAUAUUACAUUGUUUUAUAAUUUUCUGUUUAUCAAAACCUUAAGCAGAGUAUUUCUCAAGUUUACUACAGUAUUUUCAAUGCAUUCUUAAAUUGAUUCUAAUUACGUCAUUUAUGAUUGCUCUUUGCGUCGGACUUCUUCAUCUUGCGUUGCAAUUAUCUUGACUUUCU